AAUUAAGAUGGGCUACUAAGCCAUGCUACGCUCAAUGCGUAAGCAACUGUAACUACAACAGCGUCAACUGGUGUGCUAACAACAGAUACAAAUGCUGUAUGACCGCCAAUGGAUUCAAUAAAACUCACAAAUGCUGGCCUCAAUGGAACGCUGCUUCUUAA